AUGAGUGGUCGAGCUCCUCCAGCGAAAUGGCCUCAUAGUCGUCUGAAACCGGUGGCGGACUCCCUUGAGACUGUGGGAUUCGUGUCAAAGGGAGAUCGCAAAUUGCUGGACCACAAAGCCCAAAAGGACUAUUACGACAAGAUUGUAGCCAGAUAUAUUGAGUUCUGUGCUCGCCAUUCCAAGAACCUAGAUGCAGCCUGGUUAUCUCUCCCCCGAAGCGCCUCGAACGAUGCGACGAAAAACCCGCCAGCUUCCGUUUCACAAUCCACCAAAUCGGCAGUGUCACCCGGUCCCUCAGCUGCCACAGAGUUGUCCACCCUCCUUCUCUCCCUUCGUAAGCUUCGCGAGGCCGUAUUGGCCACCGCCUCGACCACCCCAAUCGCCUUCUCCCAGCGCGUCCAUGUGUUCUCCAUCAAGGUCUCCAUCCAAGCUCGACAUCCACCGUCCUACUUUCCUUCCCUGCGCCACCUUCUCGACGAUCUUCACACCCCUUCCAACCCGUUGCCGGAAACUGAGCUAAAGUAUCACACCUCGUACCUCAUUCUGGAUUAUGCGUGCCGACAGGAGGAUUUGGUUGCCGCUUUUGAGCUGCGCGCCCGUGCGCGCAGGCAGUACAAUUUCCACUCGCGCGAGGUUGACCAGAUCCUGCAAGCCAUUGCACAUGACAACUGGAUUGUAUUCUGGCGGGUCCGAAAGGAGGUCGAUUCUGCCAUGCGCGCAGUCAUGAAUUGGGCAGAAGACAGGGUCCGGCGACAUGCUCUCAAGGCAGUUGGUAAGGCGUACCUCGGCGUCGACAUUGCGUGGAUCGUCGAAGGCUGCACUGGAGACUCGACUUGGACUUGGGAGACGCUGGCAGAGAGAGAAAAGCUAGGCUGGGAGAAAGAGGGUGACAGGAUUAUCAUCCGGAAACCGAGGUCGAAGCCUAGACCCGAGGGCAAUCUUACGCCCAUCCAGGAGAAAAGCACGGGUUGA